CGUCCCCGCCGCGGACUCGGGGCAGCCCAGUCACGCCAUCUGUCAGGACUGUACCCAGGGCAGCUCCUUCUCCCAGGAGGAAGCUUUGAAGACGGCUUUUCAAAAUCACCGCCGCGCUUCCUCCACUCCUUCCUUAAAGGCUCACGGCCGGGAGGGCGCGGCGUCAGCUUCUUCCCACCACCCCAGACCACUGAGCCCGGGGAAACUUGUAAAAAUUCGGGGCAGGAGCGCAGCCCAAGGACGCGCAGCUCAGCGGCGGGACCCCUAGCCGUGUCGGGACCAUGUCUGCGGAGACCGCGAGCGGCCCCACUGAGGACCAGGUGGAGAUCCUGGAGUACAACUUCAACAAGGUCAACAAGCACCCGGACCCCACCACGCUGUGCCUGAUCGCGGCCGAGGCCGGCCUUUCCGAGGAGGAGACCCAGAAAUGGUUCAAGCAGCGCCUGGCCCAGUGGCGGCUGUCAGAAGGCCUACCCUCAGAGUGCAGAUCCGUCACAGACUGAGGAGAUGGUGGUCAUUGGCGGCUUCCCUCCAUGAAGACCAUCUGCUGUUUCUCUCCUUGACUUAAUCAAGCUCUUUUGGUUUUUCAGUGUAGUGUCAUAUGCUCCUCUGUUAGCUGUCCUCCUAUUUAACACAACGUUGUAUUUUUUUUUUUAAUGUAUAUAACUAGAAAAGAAAAUAACAAUAGGAAGCUAUGGGCAGCUUCUGUGUAAAGCAGUGGCUUGGCUGGAAGCGGUGUGGCUUGCAUUUCCUUUGGGUCAUGAUGACAGAUGGUGUGAAAACCAUCUAAGUUUUCUUUUUGACCAUCACCUCCCAGUAACAAUUUACUUUCACCAUCCAUUUCAGAGCGGACAAGGCCUCUGUUGAAAAGAUAACAUGACCAAGAGGGAGAAACAUUUCCUUCUAAUUCUACUUCCCUAAGUCAUUUUCCUUGUGUUUCAUUUACUACAUUGAGAUUGAGUGAGAAUACAGAGGGAAUUUGAGUUAUUCAGAUUCCAUAAAGCAGUUCCUUGGAUUAUAGCUGAAUUAACUUGAAAAGCACUCAGGCUGGAAGACAGAAACUUCCACUGGCAGAAAAUCAAGUAACUAAGGAAAAAAAAUCCACAGAAGUCUUAAAUUUACCUUAUUUAAAUGCAUUUGUUAAAUUCAUUUUGCUAAACAAAAUGAACGGUGUUGUGUCUCUAAAAUGAUUUUCUAAAUAAAACCUUAACAUCUUGUUGAAAACGCA